AUGGGAUCCACCGAUUACAAAUUCGAGGGCUGGAUGGGCCUCGACAAGGAGGCCGCCAAGGGCAAGAUGGUCUGGCAAGAGUUCGAGCCCAAGCCAUGGGAGGAGACCGACAUUGACAUGCGAGUGACGCAUUGCGGUAUCUGUGGUUCUGAUAUGCACACCCUGCGCAGCGGAUGGGGACCCACGCAAUAUCCCUGCUGUGUUGGACACGAAGUAGUUGGCGUCGCUGUCCGUGUUGGCUCCAAGGCCGAGGGAAAUAUUAAGGUCGGAGACCGUGUUGGUGUUGGUGCGCAGAGCGGAUCCUGCCAGAAUUUCGAUGGCAACUGUGAAUCCUGCGCCAAGGGCCUCGAGCAAUACUGCAACCGCAUGACUGGCACCUAUAACGGCACAUACGCCAAUGGCGGCAAGUCAUAUGGCGGUUAUUCGCUGUACAACCGGUCACCGUCGCACUUUGUUAUCAAGAUCCCCGAUGAGAUCCCCUCUGCUGAGGCUGCACCCAUGCUCUGCGGUGGUAUCACCACCUAUUCUCCCCUGCGCCAGAACGGCUGUGGCCCUGGCAAGAAGGUUGGCAUUGUUGGUGUUGGUGGUCUAGGUCACUUUGGUAUCCUGUUCGCCAAGGCGCUGGGUGCCGAUCGUGUCGUCGCCAUCUCUCGCAAGGCCAACAAGAAGGAGGACGCGUUGAAGCUGGGCGCCGAUGCUUAUAUCGCGACUGACGACGACGCCGACUGGGUUCAGAACCACGGUCAAUCCCUGGACCUGAUCAUCUCCACUGUGUCAUCGUCGAAGAUGCCCAUUCUCGGAUAUUGCCAACUGCUGCGCCCUCGCGGCACCCUCGUUCAGCUGGGUGCUCCCGAGGAUGGUGGUCUUGAGAUUCCGUUUUUCGCAUUGAUUGCCAAGGGUAUCAAGCUCGGUGGUUCCAUGAUUGGAAGCCCCGAUGAGAUUCGGGAGAUGCUGGAUCUUGUCGUGGCCAAGAAGAUCAAGCCGUGGGUUGAGGAGCGGCCCAUGAAGGAGGCUAACCAGGCGAUCCAGGACAUGGAUGCUGGUAAGGCUCGUUACCGUCUGGUGUUGGUGAACGAGUGGUAA